AGCGCCGCGGCUGACAGCGCCGCGCUCCCGGUCCCUUCCCGCAGCUCUCAGCCGCUCCUGCCAGGGUUCUCCCAGGGCCGGCCCCCCCCGGCCGCCUCGGAUUUAGGAUUAACUCGCCCGCGGGGAGAUGGUCGUGGCUGAAUUCUUCCAAGAUACUUAAGAGCAGAUUUUUCACCGUUAAUCAGAGUGCUUUAUCAAUGGAGCCCCGGAUUCCCCACAACAUCACUGUUGUCCCCAACUCUGUGAUGGUCCAGCCCUUGCUGGACAGCCGGAUCCCCUAUGGGCGGCUGCAGCACCCGCUCACCAUCCUGCCCAUCGACCAGAUGAAGACAACUCACAUCGAGAACGACUACACCGACAACCCCACCGCGUCCCAGCUGGCAGCCCAGAAGCACCCCCGCGGCCCCCACGAACUGGUCCUGACCAACCAGCACCCGCAGCGGUGCGAGCAGGAUGUCACCCACCCCUGGAUUUCCUUCAGCGGGCGCCCCAGCUCCAUCAGCAGCAGCAGCAGCACGUCUUCAGACCAAAGGCUCUUGGACCACAUGGCCCCGGCGCCCGUGGCGGAGCAGUCCUCCCCCCGCGCGGUUCGCAUUCAGCCCAAGGUCAUUAACUGCAAACCCCUGGACCUGAAGGGACCCGUGUCUCAGGAACUGGACAAGCACUUUCUCCUGUGCGAAGCCUGUGGGAAAUGCAAGUGUAAGGAGUGCGCGCUGCCCCGGACUCUGCCUUCGUGUUGGGUGUGCAACCAAGAGUGCCUCUGCUCGGCACAGAACCUGGUCAACUACUCCACCUGCAUGUGUCUCGUCAAGGGCGUCUUCUACCACUGCACCAACGAGGACGACGAGGGCACGUGCGCCGACCACCCCUGCUCCUGCUCCCACUCCAACCGCUGUGCCCGCUGGUCCUUCAUGAGUGCCCUCUCCCUGGUGCUCCCCUGCUUGCUCUGCUACCUGCCAGCCACCGGCUGCGUCAAGCUGUCCCAGAGAUGCUACGACCAAGUGAGCCGGCCCGGAUGCAGAUGCAAAAACACAAACAGUGUCAUUUGCAAGGCGCUGCCGGAGAGCAAAGGAAACAGGCCAGAAAAGCCCUUUUGAUGGUUUGGGAGGACAGGGAGCGGGAGGACGCUCCACGGAGGGGGGUGGCCUUGGCUCUUUUUAAUAACCUGUGUUCUGAGGAUAACGUUAGCCUUUUGCCUUCGGAGAAAGCAGAAGCAACUAUUUCCACAAACUGAAGCACUUUGGGUUAUUCAGGGUUUUGGAACUGGUCAGAAUUUAAAUAGAUGGGGCCAAAGGAGGAAUCUUAAUAAUGUCAAGUGAAGGCUGAAAACCUAUGUAUAUCAUGAAGUACAGCUGCUUAAAAAACCCUGGUUCGGACGGACGGCUGCUCACCAUGCCUGCUCGCCACAAGAACCAUUAACUGCUCGCUUGGCAGGCGCGGCCGCACAAGCAAUACCCGUUCCCAGCUGCAAAAAGCUGCAUCGGAUUCGUAUUCAGGGUGGGCUUCUUGUUUUCGCUUCCCUUCCAAACUCUGAUUUGCUACCAGCAGCCUGUGGAAGGUGACGGGUUCGCUCCCUGCACCCUCCUUCCCCGCCCGCACACCGUUAGGAGGGCCGGUUGCACACUCAGCCCGUGUUUCUCAAAAGCUUUCUGUGUCCCUCAAAGAUGUUGAACCAGAAGUAAAGAUACAGUUCAUUUGUUUAAGGGUCUUCUAACGUUUAGGCCUAUCGCUUUCUUUGCACCCACCUGGCCACACUGAUUUGGACCCUCUUUUUAAAGCAGGAUGGUAGCAGGGUUGCUCCCUCCCCGGGAGAAAUCGCGGCAGGAUGUGUUCGGGCGGUUGUAUCAACACCGUGUCCUUCUGCCUGUGAGCCGAUCCGUAGCAUGAGGUUUCGCUCAAUGGAAUAUUAAUUUUACAUCGACAGUACAAACCCGCGCCCGGUCGCCUCCUGUUUCCCCGGCAGGCGCAUGCUCGCUCCCCCAGUGCCGGAGCGAAGGGGGAUCUUAACUCACGCCACAAAGCAAAGACGUUCGGUGUUUGUUUCUCUCAACCUCUUUAAGCUCUGUGAAGAAGUCACAAAAACCUAAGUGUACGAUACACCUAGGUGUAUUUUUAUAGGGAUAUCAAUCCAGUACCUCCUCUCCUGGAACAAGCUCUUCUUUGCUCACUCAGAUUUCUAAAUUUUUUUUUGCCCCGGGGAUGAAUGGCAUUUGCUUGACGUACAGCCCAUUCCCCCAUCUCGAUUGCUGCUGCUCAACUUUUGCCUCCUCUGUACAAAAACGUGUCCUUUUAAAUGUAGAGAAUGCUUUUAAUGUUUAUUUUAGUGUCAACAAACACCAGGGAAAGCCAGGGGAGAGAAGAGAGCGUACUUAAGCAUGUGCCCAUGGAACAUCAUCGGCUUUAUCCAUGCGCUCAUCCUAAGGCCCGUUCUGCAUUCCCUUAGGGUGCAGUAACCCCUUAAGAUGCAGCAACCCCUUUCUCGUGACAACUACAAGGUGCUAAAUAAGAAUCUUUGUCCAAACAUGCAACACUGUAAUAAGUAGGUAGGUACUUGUUGCAUGCAGAAAACUGAUCUAAUCUCUCUUUUUUUCGGUUGGGUUUGUUGUUUUGGUUUGUUUGGUUUUUUUUUUUAAUUAGAGGAAAUUUCCUCAGUAAAUGCACAGCAGUGACAGUGAAAUGUCAUCUCUAAUUAGAUAAGCAAUAGGCAGAGCUCAUGUAGCAUUUCCAGGAAUCCCAUUUGCUUGGUUGCAAUACAGUUGCUGCAGAGGGGGUUGGCAGGAGUGUACUGAUGGGACUUCUGGGGUCUUUUGUUGUCAGAGUUCAUUUAACCUGGAUGACUUGGGGUUUAGUCAAGCUUAAUUGUAGAUAUUUAUUGAACGGGGAAUUUAAAAAAAAAAAAAAAAAAGCCCACAACUUCUUAUAUUUAUAACGUUUGCUAGCUUGUAUGUGAUAAAUCACAGAAAAAGGGAUACUGCUCCU